AUAUUAAUUCAUACAAUCGACACUGCUUUUGGCAGAGAUUUCUAAUGAAUAUAGAAAGGGUUUUGUCGCCUUUAUUCUAAAGACACAAGUCUUGCCCACAUACAAAAGCUGAUGGAACGUGACAACGAUAGGCAAAUGAUCAUGGAUAAUGCACGACUGUGCUGUUAUUCAUUCAAUUAAACAAGUCACCCAAACAUUUACUGAGUACUGAAUACGCUAUGUCCUGUAAUGCAUUUCUGUGAUCCUCAAUUGUAAUUCAUCAUUGCACCCAUCAUCUCGUACAAACAGAUCAAUUUGAUUCACAGAGGUAAUGGGAAAUGUAAUUGGAGCUGUUGUUUAUACUUCUGUCUGCAAAUUAAAGCGAUAAAGGUCUUUCCAUAAUAAAACUAAUGCCUUUUGGAUAUGUCCACAUUUAAUCAAUAAACUUCCGUGGGUGUAUGGCAUUACACUGUAUGUGACGCACAAGGACAGGCAUCUCACUGUGAGCUGGACGGGCGUCAUGGCUGAAACAGUCGACAUUGGUAUGGAGUUCUUCUUACAGAAAUAGUUCUUCUAGUAUACCAGAUUCAAAUAUCUUACUCAAACAGUCGGCACUGUAGACGUUGAUGUGUAAUUUGUGAUCAGCGACACACCAACACCUGUUCGAUACAGGUUUUUCUGUUUGCCAGGUGAGAGCCAUUGAUAUGUGACAUUUAAGACUUUUGAUUUUAUAGAUUGGCCAUCGUUGGCAAUCUGUGAUACUCUCUAAAGCCGAAAAUGAUUGUAAACAAGGACGAGAAUCGUGUUCAUCCUCCGCCAAGAUUAGCAGACCAGCUGACCAUGCAGGGAGUCAAACAGAUCGCUGACGUCACAUCCGGUAGAUUGCGGCGUUCCUUCUGGUUCCUGGUUGUGUGUAGCGGGCUCACCUUCAGCGCCUUCAACAUCGCCAAACAGGUCCAGCUUUAUCUGUCCGUGCCUGUCAACGUCGAUAUCGACGUCAGGUUGGCGCAGACACUGCAGUUCCCUACGGUGACUGUGUGCAACACCAACAUGUUUAAGAAAUCAGAAAUGGAUCAACUCAAUCUAACGGGGGCGCUUAAAGAAGCAUUUAUAUAUGAUUUCCAAGAAAGUGUAAAAUUUGAUGACACCAACUACGACUUUUCUGUUGUGGAUGUAGAUUCUAUUGAAACCGCUAUGUUUAAGUAUGGUUUUGACGUCAAUGAUUCUGUUAUAAAGUGUGACUGGAUGCAGCAAGAAUGUGAUGCAACCCACUUGACCGAGAUGAAAACGGAGAUCGGAGUGUGUUUCUCUUUCAAUGUCAAUGGCAGUACAUCCACCGUCGGUUCGGGCCGACAUUACGGUUUACACCUACUUCUGGAUGCGCAGUCAGAAGAAUUCACAAGGAGUCGCGAGAAUACUGAGGGUCCUGGGUUUAUGAUUGCCGUGCAUUCCCCUGACGUCCCACUGCUGAUGAAUGACAUAGGGAUGGCGCUCACUCCAGGCUCACAGUACUUCUAUGGCGUGGAGCUAGCGACGACAACGUCACCAAAAGGAAUGGAUCAGUGUGGGAGCAAGAGACUCAAGUACUACAACAAACCCUACUCCCGCGAGGCUUGCCGCAUUGAAUGCCUCACCGAGUAUGCUCUGGAGCAGUGCUCAUGCCGUGACAUAUAUAUGCCUGGGAAUGGAAAACAAUGUUCAGCGGUGAAAGGCCUUCAGUGUUUGGUCCCAGCAAUGUAUCGGUAUCCAUCAACUCUUAGAGAAUGUGAGUCGUCCUGUCCACAAACCUGCUCCUACACCACGUUCAAUGUCCGCUCAUCAUCCAGUCUGAGGAUGACACAAGAAUACCUCUCCACGCUAGCAAGCGCCACCAACAAGACACCGGAUUACUGGAGAAGUAACUACGUGGCUGUAGACGUCUACUUGUCGUCAAUGACGUAUCAGAGCAUUGAGAAGCGAUAUGGGUAUUCCGUCCUUGAACUGUUCUGUGACAUAGGGGGCGCUUUGAGUCUAGUUUUGGGAGCAAGUGUUGUUACUGGUGUGGAAUUAAUAGACUUCGCAGUACAAAGACUCUGUGCUUAUUGGUGUUAUAAAAGCAAUACCAAACGAAUAAAUGUGAAAUCUUUGCAAUGAAGCUAACAUUUUAGUCAGCUAUCGCUCCCUGAAUAAUACAACACAGUGUGUGUGCGUGAGUGUGCGUGCGUGAGUGUGUGUGCGUGAGUGUGUGCGUGUGCGUGUGCGUGUGCGCGCGCGCGUGCGUGCGUGCGUGCAUGCGUGUGUGUGUGUGUGUGUUUGACUGAGGUAGAAUAUUCCAGUCGUAUGACGGGGGCUUAUACAUAUUAGAUAGUAUGGACCAGACAAUCCAGUGAUACAUAUAUACAAGGAUAAUUUGUGACACUGAUCUCUAUUUGUAUAUUUCAUAUGCUUUUUAUCCAGAAACAAGCUUUAUGCACUGCAUAGUUUUGCCAGAUGCUUGGGGUGGUUGGCAACUUUACUGGCAAUUUACUACUGCACGACCAGGCUUUGGUACUCGAAUAGUUAUUUCGUCACUCUAAAUGGGUCAUUUGCACCAUACAUGCAGUUCUGCAAAACCAGACUUUGUUAUUUGAAUAGUUAUUUCGUCACACAAUUUCAAUAAAGUUACAAAUAGUA